CAGCUUAAUAGAGCAAGAAAAAGAAAUAAAUGCAUCCAUAUAUGGAAAAAAAGAAGUAAACCUGUCUAUGGAAUCCACAAAUGAACCAUUAGAAUUUAAAAAAUCAAGUUUGGUUCUUCCACCGCAGGAGCCAUUAAGGACUAGCAACCAUGGCUCUGCACUAUCCUAUGGCCCUGGGCCUCACCAAGGGCCACAAGGUGACCAAGAACGUGAGCAAGCCGAGGCAUAGCCAUCACCACCAGAGCCUUACCAAGCACUCCAAGUUCCAGCAGCACAGGAUCUUAGAGGUGUGCAAAGCCCCAUAUGAGCGGCCAUAGAGCCAUGGAGCCAUGGCCAUGGAGCCAUGGCGAUCCAUGAAUCAGCUCAAGGUCUCCAAGGACAGGCUCUCUCUCAAGUUCAUCAAGAAAAGGGUGGGGACACACAUCCCUGCCAAGAGCAAGAGAGAUUUGCUGUGCAAAGUCCUGGUAGCCAUGCAGAAAGUUGCAGCUAAGAAGGACUGAACCCCUCCCCUCUGUAUGUAA